AUGUUAGUUCCCGCCAUCUGUGUCGGAAAAAAGGCUGAAGACUUAUCUGCAGAAUUGGUCAAAUACACUGGAAGUGAGUCAAAAGAGGAAGAUGCUAAAGACGUGAAGAAGUACUAUUGGCUACUGGUGAAGUGUGUGACUGUCAGGGGGCCGAAGAAGGGUCUUCUCCAGCACGUCACACUUGUGGAUCUUCCUGGAAACCGGGACCGUAACAAGACCAGAGACACAAUGUGGAAAAAGGUUGUUGGAAGUUGUUCUACUGUGUGGAUUGUGGCUGAGAUCAAUCGAGCAGCUUCUGAAAAAGAAUCCUGGGAGAUCCUGGAAGAAUCCUGCAGCCUCAUGGGAAAUGGUCACGAGUGUCAGCAGAUUAAUUUGAUCUGCACCAAGUCUGAUAGUCUUGGAGGUUCAGAUGAUCAGUCAGCAGCUGAUGUUCGUGCUCUGAUACUAAAACAAAACGAGCAAGCCAAGAUAGACGUGAAGGCAGAAUUCAGCAAACUAAAAGACGUUAAGGAAUUCCUGCAAGAUCUCAACGACUGGCAGACAUGGAACUAUGUGUCUGGAGCUCUGGGGGUUCUCUCUCUGAUUCAGGCAGCCAGCAGCAGAGAGAGAGGAACAUCAAGCUGACAUAAAGACGGCUGUGUCCAUAGGACUUGAAGAGAAGCUGAGUCAUGAACUUGAUCAAGUCAGGGAACCCAUGGACCCUUAUGGCUUUUGAAAGAUGUCUCAGUGGGGGGGUUAAAACAUCAAAGAGUUCAUGUGAAGAAGUCUUAAAGUCGGUCCUUUAUCCUACAAAGAAAGGUGGUGCACUUCACAGGUCACUGAAGUGUGGAGUUGAGAAUGGUGGCAUCCACAAACCAAGAGAAGGGGAAUGAAGAAACAUCAACAUGAAGCUAACUUCAUGUUUGACUGACAGCAUUGA